AAAAUAAAAGGGGGAAAAAAAAAAAAAAAAAGGAAAAGGAAAAAGAGAAAAGAUCCGCCAAAAUCUGCUAUCCCACUGCACCAUCAUCAUGCCAAUGUUCAUCACCAUAGACCAUCCACAGUAACCCUCGACAUCAUUUCCUCAAUACCAAAACUCACAAUCCCACCCACACUCUCCACUAAUUUGAACGGGAAUUCAAAUUCCCAACCGAAUCGGAAAACAAGAAAGAAGAAGGAAUUCAAAAUCCCAAAAUGGCAGAAUUCCUGGAACUAGAAUCCCAAGACGGAGUCCGAAUGCCAUGGAACGUGAUCCCAGGCACGAAGCAAGAAUCCUCGAACUGCGUCGUCCCAGUCUCCGCCAUCUACUCUCCGAUCAGACCUCUCCCGAACAUCACCCUCCUCCCUUACUCCCCUCUCCGCUGCCGCACAUGUCGCUCCGUCCUCAACCCCUUCGCCAUCGUCGACUUCGCCGCCAAGAUCUGGAUCUGCCCUUUCUGCUUCCAGCGCAACCACUUCCCUCCCAACUACGCCUCCAUCUCCGACGACAACCUCCCCGCCGAGCUCUUCCCUCACUACACCACCAUCGAGUACUCCCAAGACAGCCAAAUCGACCAGUCGCCGCCGCAACCGCCGCUUGUUUUCUUGUUCGUGAUCGAUUCCUGCCUCAUUGAGGAAGAGAUGGGGUUCCUGAAGUCUUCGCUCUCGCAGGCUUUCGAUUUGUUGCCGGAUAACUCGCUGGUUGGGCUGAUCACGUUUGGGACGUUGGUGCAUGUUCAUGAAUUAGGGUUUGCGCAGAUUCCGAAGACUUAUGUGUUCAGAGGAAAUAAGGACAUUUCCAAGGAACAGCUUCUUGAGCAUAUGAGCUUUUUUGCGAAGAAGCCGAAGCCGGCUGGUGUUAUUGCUGGUGCUAGAGAUGGAUUGUCCGCUGAGAGCAUUUCGCGGUUUCUAUUGCCUAAGGCUGAGUGCGAGUUCGCGUUUAACUCGGUUUUGGAGGAGUUGCAGAAGGAUCCGUGGGGAGUGCCCACGGAUCAGAGGGCCACGAGGUGUACUAGCACGGCAUUGAGUAUUGCAGCGAGUUUGUUAGGAGCGUGUGUUCCGGGUUCUGGAGCUAGAAUUAUGGCCUUUAUUGGUGGACCUUCGACUGAAGGCUCUGGUGCUAUUGUGUCAAAGAAUUUGUCAGACCCAAUUCGUUCUCACAAGGACCUAGAUAAGGACUCUGCUCCGCUUUAUCAUAAAGCUGUGAAGUUCUAUGAGGGACUUUCAAAGCAGCUUGUACAUCAAGGGCAUGUACUAGAUCUUUUUGCUUGUGCACUAGACCAGGUGGGGGUUGCAGAACUGAAAAUUGCAGUUGAAAGAACUGGAGGGCUUGUUGUGCUUGCAGAAAGUUUUGGCCAUCCAGUAUUUAAGGAUUCACUCAGACGUAUUUUCCAGGCGGGUGACUAUGAUCUUGGUCUAUCAUCAAAUGGUAUAUUUGAGAUAAACUGCUCAAAGGAUAUCAAAGUUCAGGGCAUUAUUGGUCCUUGUGCAUCUCUUGAAAAGAAAGGUCCUUUGUGCUCAGACACUGUUAUCGGCCAGGGGAAUACUACUGCAUGGAAGAUGUGUGGCCUUGACAAAGCUACAUCUCUAUGUCUUAUUUUUGAAGUUGUUAAGAAGGAAAGCCCAGAUGCUACCAUACAAUCUACAAGCAACCAAUUUUACUUCCAAUUUUUAACAUAUUAUCAGCAUUACAGUGGUCAAAUGAGACUUCGUGUUACAACACUUUCAAGAAGAUGGGUGGCUGGACCUGGAAGCAUACAGGACUUGGUUGCUGGAUUUGACCAAGAAGCAGCUGCUGUAGUUAUGGCACGGCAAGUCUCUUUCAAAAUGGAAACAGAGGCUGAGUUUGACCCUAUAAGAUGGUUGGAUAAAGCAUUGAUACAUCUAUGUUCUCGGUUUGGAGAUUUCCAGAAGGAAAGUCCAUCUUCUUUCAGCUUGUCUCCACGGCUUUCAAUAUUUCCUCAAUUUAUGUUUAAUUUGCGACGUUCUCAGUUUGUUCAGGUUUUUAACAACAGCCCGGAUGAGACUGCAUAUUUUAGAAUGAUACUAAAUCGAGAAAAUGUUGCCAACUCAGUUGUGAUGAUUCAGCCAUCAUUGAUAUCUUUCUCAUUUCAUUCGGGCCCAGAACCAGCCCUUCUUGAUGUGGCCUCCAUUGCAGCUGAUAAGAUCCUGCUUUUGGAUUCAUAUUUCAUUAUGGUUAUUUUUCAUGGUGCAACAAUUGCUCAGUGGCGAAAAGCUGGAUAUCACAAUCAGCCUGAACAUCAGGCAUUUGCCCACUUGCUACAAGCUCCCCGUGAUGAGGCAGAUUCAAUAAUCAAAGAAAGGUUUCCAGUACCUCGCCUAGUCAUAUGUGAUCAGCAUGGAUCCCAGGCUCGUUUUCUCUUAGCAAAAUUGAAUCCUUCGGCUACAUAUAACUCUGAUGGUCCCCUACCGGGAGGAGAUGUUAUCUUCACUGACGAUGUUAGCUUUGAGGUCUUCUUGGAUCAUCUCCAGAGAUUAGCAGUUCAAUAAAGUAGAACAUGACCAUGUGCAAAUAUAUUUAUUUAAAAUUUUUGUACCUUUUCUGAUUUCGUGUACAGUAAUGCAUGACUUGUAAUAAUUUUUGUUGUUGGUUACUUAUCAAGAGAAGGGGGGAAAAGGAAAAGUUUUCUUGCUGGCUAGGAUUCAUAAUAUCUAAAGAUUGCAAGUUUCAUAUUACUACAGCAGUUAUUCAAAUGAAUUCACUACAUGAUUUCA